GUCUCUUAAAGCGGACACAUUGGAGUUACGUUAUUUCAUUCAUUCAGCAGCUGAAAGGACUCCCAGAUGGAUGUUGAAUGUCUAGCACUGAAAGACCUCACAAGUCCCAGGAAAAGUCUCAGGGUGGAGCAGGAGGAGGAGGAUGGGGGCCAAAGUGAACAAAAGGAAAACAUCUGCACAGAGCGCAGAAGAUCCACACCGGCGAAAUCUGCCGAUUCUGCCUUCCCUGUUUUUAUGAUAGCCAGGAAAGGCGCCACCCCCGACCUGGCUCACAUCACCCCCAUCAAACACACGACCCUGGCCGAGCCCUGGACGCCCACGGCCAACCUGAAGAUGCUGAUCAGCGCAGCGAGCCCAGACAUCCGGGACAGAGAGAUGAAAAAGGUCCUGUUUAGACCCAUAGAGAAUGAGAAAGAAAAGCCAGCAAGUCCGGACACUGUGGCCGAGGAGACAGAGGUGGAUGACUCGUGUCAGUUUGAAGCUGCGGAGGAAGAGGACGACGCUGACAAAAAGCCGAGCAGGAAGCAGAAGAGCCUGGGUCUGCUGUGCCAGAAGUUCCUGGCCCUCUACCCUGAUUACCCGCCGCAGCACAGCCACAUCUGUAUCUCCCUGGAUGAGGUGGCGACCAAUCUCGGAGUGGAGCGGCGGCGGAUCUACGACAUCGUCAAUGUGCUGGAGUCUCUCAUGAUUGUGGGUCGGAUAGCCAAGAACAGCUACACCUGGUACGGCCGUCUGCGGCUGGAGGCCACACUGGAGGAGCUGCAGCGCAGGGGCCGGCAGCAGGGUUACCAUCUCCAGGUGGAUCUGGCUGCUGAGGAGAGGGGGGCCGGACCGGGGCGCGAGGACGACGGAGCGGAAGGAGACACCGGCAACGAGUCCUGGGCAACAGGCAACAGGAAAGACAAAUCUCUGCGCAUCAUGAGCCAGAAGUUCGUCAUGCUCUUCCUGGUGUCCAAAACUCUGACGGUGACUCUGGACGCGGCAGCAAAGAUCCUCAUCGAGGAGAGUCAGGACUCAUCCAGCCACAGCAAGUACAAAACUAAGGUACGGCGAUUGUAUGACAUCGCGAAUGUGCUGACCAGCCUGGGCCUCAUAAAGAAGGUCCAUGUCCGGGAGGAAAGAGGCAGGAAGCCGGCCUUCAAGUGGCUCGGCCCUGUUGAAUUCAAGAACUCUGGAAAUGCUGCUGUAGGAAAUACUGUGAACGUGACAGCUGCCGCUCUGCCUGAGGCCUCACGGCCAGUAGCAGGUCAGAUGAGAGCCAAGAUGGCUCGCCACGCCUCUUUCAACAUCACGCCGACCUCUGUUGCUGUGCAACGACUGGUCAACUCUGCACCCAGCAGUCCAAGACGAGACCUGACAGGUCUGCCAAACCAGCCUGUGGAUUAUUCCAAAAAGGCAAGCAACAAUGCAGUGUGUCGACUGCAGUUUGGAAGCAGCACUGAUAACCGUCCCGCCAGCAGCAGCCCGCUCGCUCCGUCCUCCACCCUGCUGGCACCCUCCAUCCACCCAGAACACCUCUUCGCACCCUCCACCUCUCCCCAGUGCUUGGCCUACCUGCCCAGCCUCUCCCAGCCCUCGGUGGUUAUGCUGUACAGGGCGCCAGACAAGCCCGACCAGACGCAUGAAGGCCAAAGAUCACCUCGGCUGGAGUCUGAGGAGGGGAGGAAGAGGAGGAGGGAAGAAGGGGAAGAGGAGGGGGCAGUGGUGAAAAAGAAAGCAGCGCCUGGGUUAGAAGAACGUGACAAGAUGGCAGCUGAAGCUCAAAGGGAAGCAGCAGAGUUUUCACAAACUUGUAACAGCGGGACUUCCCCCAAUCGCCCAGCAGGCCUCUCCAGAGAGCAGGCGCCCGAUGAGAGUCAAGGUGGCAACAGCAGCAGUGAGCCCGUCCAGCCAUCACACUAUCUCUAUGUGCCCAACAAUGCAGGUCUGAACAGCCUCAACUUCCUCCUCUCUGCCGGCCAGCCACCGGCGGGUUUAGCACUUCCUCCCAGCAGCGUCUCCACUCUGGCGCUGCCGUACGUCCUGGUGCCCUCUACAGCCCUCUCCCACUACCCCCUGGUGGCCAGCGGUCUACCACAGCAGGGCUCCGACGCUCAUAACAAGCUGAGCUUCAGCCUGCCUGCUGUGAUGUCGCCUGCUCACUUCAUGGUGGGGGCGGCGCCGUACGGCCUGGCAGCGGCGGCAGCAUCGGAGGUCAGCAGGUCACCUGUUCCAUCGCCCUCCACUCCAGAACAGAGCAGGGUUUACGGGUCAGCGGCGGGCACUCCACAUUCUCCCUCAGGACCACGUCACACUGUCAGCAUCAACACACAAGAACCGCUGACUCCACAUACUCCAAAGGAAACUACACCGUCUGCCUCUAAGGCUUUCUUCCAGACCCCAGGCACGCUGGGAAAUGUAGUCAGCGCUGCACCAGCUGCCCGAAAAAGAGGCUCUGCGCAGAGGAGACUGGACGUCGGCCACCCACCGACCAGUUAG